CCGGGUAAUCAGGUCAGACACACUUCGCCAGUCAAAAAAUCUUAUAAUAAGCCAUCUACCGUGUGAGAAGCGCGCUCUCUUCGCACGGUCCAUCCACACCUCUUUGGCCACUCCAGUCAAAGGACAACAUCCUUCGCACAUCGCUUACCCUCAUCACCUUUUAGCCCAACAUGCCAGGCGGUGCCGUUGUCAUGCACGCCACGUCGAACCCCGACCGAGUCGAGGCUCCGAUUACGGCGAAAGCAUACUUCCUCUGUGUCUUCGCCUCCUUCGGAGGUAUCUUUUUCGGUUACGACACUGGUUGGAUGGGAGGUGUUCUCGCCAUGCCCUACUUCAUCGAGCUGCACACUGGUCUCAAGCCCGGCGACGCCAACUUUGAAAUUCCUGCCUGGAAGCAGUCCCUCAUGACCUCUAUCCUCUCCGCUGGUACCUUCUUCGGAGCCUUGAUGGCCGGUGACUUUGCGGAUUACUUUGGAAGGCGAAUUACCAUCAUCAGCGGAUGUGCCGUUUUCUCCCUUGGAUGUGUUCUCCAGACCGCCUCUUCCUCCGGCUUGGGACUUUUUGUCGCUGGUCGACUUGUUGCUGGAUUCGGUGUCGGAUUCAUCUCUGCCAUCAUUAUUCUUUACCUUUCUGAAAUCGCCCCUCGAAAGGUCCGAGGUGCCAUUGUGUCUGGCUACCAGUUCUGCAUCACCAUCGGAAUUUUGCUCGCCAACUGUGUCGUCUACUCGAGCAAAGACCGAAUGGAUACCGGAUCUUACCGAAUCCCCAUCGGUGUCCAAUUCCUCUGGGCUAUUAUCCUUGCCUCGGGACUCUUCUUCCUUCCCGAAUCACCUCGAUGGUACGUCAAGCGAGGACGUGUCGAUGCCGCCGCUCGAUCUCUCUCCAUUGUUCGAGGACAGCCCACCGACUCAGACUUUGUUCAAGAUGAACUUGCCGAGAUCAUCGCCAAUCACGAGUACGAAACUGAGCUCAUCCCUCAAGGCAACUACUUCGAGUCUUGGUUCGCUUGCUUCCGUGGCUCUGUCUUCAACCCUCAAUCCAACUUGCGACGAACCAUUCUCGGAACUUCGAUGCAGAUGAUGCAACAAUGGACCGGAGUCAACUUUAUCUUCUACUUUGGUACCGUUUUCUUCACCUCCUUGGGAACGAUCAGCAACCCCUUCUUGAUCUCCCUCAUCACCACGCUCGUCAAUGUGUGCUCUACCCCUAUCUCCUUCUGGACCAUUGAGCGUUUCGGUCGACGGGCAAUUCUCUUCUGGGGGGCCAUCGGUAUGGCUGUUUGCGAGUUCAUCUGUGCCAUCUCCGGAACCGUCAGUCAAUCGGACAGUGUCGUCAAGGCUCAGAUCGCCUUCAUCUGCAUCUACAUCUCCUUCUUUGCCUCAACCUGGGGUCCCGGUGCAUGGGUUGUGGUCGGAGAAAUUUUCCCCAUCCCGAUCCGAGCCCGUGGAGUCGCUCUAUCGGCCUCGUCAAACUGGUUGUGGAACACCAUCAUCACAGUCAUCACUCCUUACCUUGUCUCGCCCACGAAGGGUGAUCUGAAGUCGAAAGUGUUCUUCCUGUGGGGCAGUCUCUGCUGCUGUUGCAUAGUCUACACCUAUCUUUUCGUCUGGGAGACCAAAGGAUUGACUUUGGAGCAAGUCGACCGAAUGAUGGAGGAAUGUGGCUCUCCCCGAAGGUCUGCUGGAUGGACUCCUCACGCUACCUUUGCCAGCGAGAUGGGUCUCACUGCCGAUGGCGCACACCUGCCCAUCAAGGUCGGAAGCGCCGUUGCUCCGGACGAGAAGGCUCACAUCGCUGCUGGCACGAAGCACGUUGGACAGGCUGCUACCCAGGAGGAGGUCUGAUCGGGUUUCUGGUUCGUCGUGGUAUAUUUGAGAUUGUCUACUGCCUGACUUGCGUGCGGCCCGCGAUAUCUUAUGCAUCCCAUAAUUCAGCUCA